AGGAAAAAAAUAGAUAUUUUCGGAAACACGUGAAUGUUGUUCGUUGCUGUUGAAGAAUGCCCUCUGCCUCUACAAAAGUUGAGAUUCCGGCCUCCUCGGAGGCCCUGGACCCUUUUAAAAGGGUCCUUACAGUUGUCGAUAAGAAAGUUCGUAACUUGGAGAAGCGUAAGCUAAAACUUGAUGUCCUGAAGCAGAAGAAAGAUUCUGGCGCAGAACUUGAAAAGGACCAACAGGUUGCAGUAGACCGUUAUGGAGAGGUUAUACAGAAUCUAGAAUUCGCACGUGACCUUCAGAAACAGUUCCAAUCUAUCAGUACGGAUGUUGAGAAGUUGUUGAAGAAACAAGCAAAGCGAGGGAAGUCGGAGAAACAGAUGCAGGAAGUGAAGCGUGUGAAGGAAGUUUUACAGUUACAGGGUCUUCUCGAUCAGAUGGGCUCGGAUACAGUUCGGAAAGAUUUUCAGACAGGAAAACAUGGCGCAAUUGUGUUAACGGAAGAAAACCUUGACCAGUUGGACGAGUUGUAUAAAUUGAUUAGUCCCACUCGAGAUAAUGAGUCUGAUUAUUUGGAGUCAUUGUCCGAAGCAUCAGAACACAUCGUCUGUCUGUUAGACGCCAAGGAUAAACCGGUUGUCGGAACUACAUCAUACAAGGAUUUAAAAGAAUUAUUGGAUCUGAUCUCACAAUGUGGUUACUUCGAGAAAGCACAAGCUACUGAAGGGGUAAAAGAGGGUGGCGACGUUGAGUUUGAGGUAGUAGAACACACAGACGUACCCGCUCCCGACUCGGAGGAAGUCCAGUCAUCGUUACCGCCUGAUGUACAGACUGAAGAAGUUGAAACCAAACCUGUAGCAACCGGACAACAAAUGAUAAAUAAUGACACGUUAAAUACACAACCACAGGUUAUCACAGCGCAGGCCGAUGCAUUCUUUAACACACCCGUAUCAUCACAGACAGUAGAAGAACAGCAGCAAGCUGAGCUUGCGGCCCUCCAGCAGCAGCAGAGACGUCCAUUCCAGGAAAUUGUCUCCUCCGUUCAGGGAAACUUUAACUUUCUGCAGGAAUCAACAAUAGAGGUCGAAGCAAAAAGAGAAUUCUCUCCACACAUGGACCCAGCAGUUGUCGCAGCCCAUCCUAUGCCUCAGUCCCAACAGUCCAUGGGACGACCUCCAUCAAACCAGACUCCGGACACAUCCGGUUUACCACAGACAGGCUUCGGCAGCGGUGCAACAUUUGGGGAACAACAGUCAGCAUUUGGUGAUCAACAGUCAUUGGACUCUGAACUUUCAGUAAGCAAAGUGAGCCAUGGAGGGUCAGUUGAUCAAAGUGUUUACUCAAAGGCCAAUAUGGCCCCCACACAGGACUUCUCGGGCUCUGGUUUCACGCAGAGCAAUUUAUCUCAUUCUUUACAAACUGACAGUUUGUUUUCGGGCACAGUGUCUAGUGGUGAUUCAAAUUCUGGAAACCGUGGCGUGAUUGGUAAAGGUGAAAGUGGGACAAUAGGACAUCCACAGUAUGAAAUUCCCCCACAGUUACCUAUGCCUCCAAGUCAUGAACAACAAGCUCAGGACAACCAGCAUCAAAGUGAUCCCGAGAAGAAAGGUUUCCCAAUGAAUCCCAAUGCAACAGAAUUCCAGUCCCUUAUUUAUAACCAAUCUGGCGAGGAAGGUGAAUCCAGUAAUAAAUCAUCAAAUGAUGGAUUCCAAGGUGGUACAUAUUCCAACAUGGGUUAUAACCAAAGAGAGCAGCGAGGUGGUCGUGGAGGAUUUAGUCGUGGUCGAGGAGGGAACCGAGGCGGUGGAGGUGGCGGAAACAUGAGCAACGGUUACUCUAGAGGAGGCAGAGGGGGUAACUACCAAGGCUAUCAGUCUAGAGAUAACUACCGUGGUGAUGGGUUCCAGGGAGGUUACAGUGGAAACAGUUACAAUAAUGGAGGAGGAUUCCAGAAACGUGGAGAUAGUAAUAGGGAAGGUGGACGUGGCGGGUCAUCUAGAGGUGGAAGUAGAGGAGGUGGUCAGCGUGGUGGAGGAUUCAACCGCGGUGGUAAUGCUGGUGGUAGAGGAUCAGCAAGAGGAACAGGUCAAGGGUUUGGGCGCCCAAACUUCAAUCAACAGCAGACGUAAUAAUAUAAAGUGUGAAAAUUGGACAACCAUGGCUUGAUUUCAGUGCUUUUGUACACUAAAGAAUUGGGAGAACUCUUAACAUGACUUUAGCUUCUCUUUUGCUUCUUCUUUCCAACAUUGUUAACUGAUAUCAUAUAUACAUUUUCAUUUUGUAUUCGAAACGCACCAUUUUCUUCUUACGUUUGUAUGUUUCUGAUAACUCUCAAGUGUGCUUGAUUUAAUUUUAAAGAUUUAAUUUACAGUUUUAAGAAACUCGAAUGUUUAUUUCUGUUUGUUUGCGUGUUAUUUCAUCUGUUAUCAUACUAAAAGUGCUAUUCAAUCAUUUUUGGUGGUGUUAAAACACUGUCUUCAAGCCAAUAUCAUUCUUUUUGUUUGUUAAGCAAGUGUUUUACAACUUGUGUAGAGGCAUUGAGCAAAGUGUGAACAAUUUCAUAUAAAAAAAAACGUGUGAAUUCGGCAAAUAACCAGUGUAUGAAGUGUGCUGUGCAUGUAGGUGUGUAGAGCACUUUUCAACAGCAAUGUACGGGCAAAACUCUCAACAGUUCUGACUAGUCAUAAUAUCAUUGUCUAUGGUCAAAAUACAACAAUUCCUGAACCAUUAUGUCAACAGAGGGGCAUUGUGGUUUUGGAAAUGACCAUCUUCAUCAUCAUCAUUUAAACACUAAAAAAAAGUCGUUAACAUAACGUUCCAUUCAAACGGUUCACUUUAUAUACUGGUUACACGCUGGAGUAUGCAAGGGUAUCGCCUUUAAGUGCAACUAACAUCAAAAUUUCUUUUGAACAUUUUAAGUCAUUUGUUGACGGCUAUUAUAUUCACAUAGCUUUUUUUCUUUACAUUUAUUGAUAUAAAUCAAUUCAAGACCUAUGAAGUGCUAGGAUUUUUUUUUUGUGUGUGGAAACAAACUGGAUUGUUAACUAGUAAAUUGAUCCUAUUACCACUUUCCAUUUUGAUUAUACUAUUUUUGUGGUCAAACGUGAAUAGGAUAUAUUAAAUACAAUUUUUUCAUCAAUUUAAUUGGGACUGAUUUUCCAGCCGGUCUUAUUUUACCACCUUUGUUUUCAUUUAAGGCUGAUAUUUGGAGCUUAUGACUUAAAAUACAACAUCUGUACGCAUCUCUGUAAUUAUAACCUGUUUAACUGAAAAGUACCUCGUUAAUUGAUUGUGAAAAAUAUAGAUAUAGGUCUUGUGUUGAAUUUAUAUUUCGCUUGACUGCCAGUUCAUUUUAUUGUGCUGUUUAGUCGAAAAAAUAUAAACAUGUACAGAAAAAAGUAUUUCUUUUUGAACUGUGCUAUACACGGUUCGCGAAAUUUUAUUGAAACGUGUGAAUAGGUGAUUCAAGUCUGUCUAGUGUCUUUGUAUAGAUACGAGAUCGUAAAAGAUGAUGCAUGCAUACAGUUACAGAUGUCAUUGCAGUGACGUGCACUUUAUAGCAUUAGGUUGUCUGGUAAAAUGUAUGUUUUCAACAUUUCUAAUAAAAACACGAAUAAAUAUCAGGAGUUCAGCAGGGCGGAAAGAAAAAUAUACGUUACUUAUUGCUGCUUCUGGCUCAAAAAAAUAGAAAUAUGUAUAAAAAAAAUAGAAAAAACAAGUCAAAAUAACAUGUUGAAAAUGUGUGAACGUACAUUCAAUACUUCUUGAACUUUUGCCAUUCAUGUAUUAUUGGAGUUUAAAGUUUAUCAUGCUUUUCAAAGUUAUUUAUACAGUUGGUGUAAUGUGUUCAGGUGGUGUAAUAAAUUAAUAAUUCAUGUUAAAUUAAACGGAAACUGUAAUUUGGUCUCGAUAACAAGAUCUAUAUAUAGAUAUAGAAAUAACAAGGAUGAAAAAGGAGAAUAUCUAAUAUAUGAAUGAUAUAUUGAAUUUAUAUUUGUUUAUAAUUAUCACAUUUAAAAUGAUUGGUAAUUGUUUGACGAGUAUUGAGUUUUAAAAGAUCUAUUACAAAGAAAAAAGAUUCCGAGCAAAAUUUUUUCUAUUAGUCUUUUCAGCUAAUUUGAAAAAUAUUAUUUUGUAUUCUGCACAAAUUUUGUUUCAUCAUUUUGUAGAGAACAAGGCAGUAUUGUGAGACAAAAAUUGUCACAUUUAUAUGAAAAUAAAUCUUGUGAUGGCAUA